AUUUUUAUCAUUAUUUUAGACCGCAAUGAAUUAUCACAGGCACGUGAAGACUGUAGUCAACGUCAAAUCGAAAUUAGUCGACUCUCAACAAUGUUAGAAAAUGCUCGAUCAAAGAUCGAUGAAUUUGAACAAGAACGAUCCAUUGGGGAAAAAUCGGAUUUAAGUGAAUUGCUUGAUGUGGCUCGUAAAGAAAAAGAUUUAAUAGAAAGUGAAAUGACAAUACUGCAGGAAUCGUUAUCAAAAAGUCAAUGUGAGGUGCAGAAAUUGAAGGAUCAAAUUGCAGCUCUGACCGAAGAAUGUAAAGUGACACGAAAUAAUGCAAAAUGCGCUUUAUCCGAUUUUGAAUACAAAUUCGAGCAAUUGAAACAAGAGAAAACCAAAUUAGCAUAUGAUUUACAAAUGACACAAGAAGGUCUCAAUGAGCUUCAGGUACAAUGUAAAUGCCAUUUAGAAGAUAAAGCACAAUUGGAAAGUCUGUUAUCGAAAACACAACGUCAUUUGGGUGAAACAGAACGAUUGCUUAACGAAAAAGAAGAUGCAUUAAAUAACGAACGAAAAUUACGAAAAUUCGAAAAUGAAGAAUGGAAACAAUUUCAAUCUGAUCUAUUGAUGACGGUGAGAGUGGCAAACGAUUUUAAGACCGAAGCUCAAAUGGCACAUGAACAAAUGAUAAUUGAUAAUAAAACACAAAAAGAGCGCAUACGAACGCUUGAACAAGAAAAUUUGAGACUAAGUAAAGCUAUGGCAGCACACGAAUCACAGACAACAUUAUUGAAUACAGUGAUGCAACAAGAAAUUGCGCAACGGCGACAACGCGGUGGAAUUUCCCGACAAGACUCCCGAUUGUCGGUCAAGAGUUUAAUAGAAAGCAUUGAAAAGUCUUCUUCACAUGUCAAGUCAAACGGACAAAUGGGCGAUUCACAUAGUUCCUCCUCCAGCAUAAACAGUUUAAUGUCAGACGCACCAAUUAUGCAACCAAGAAAUCCUAUUGGUGAAUGGAGCGAUAGUAAUCAUAUGAUUGUUGAACAGUCGCAGUUACAUGCAUCACUAACGAGCAAUCGUAGCCCGUUGUUAGAAAAACAUUCAGAUGGCAAUCAUAAUAGUGCUCAUGUGAAUAACAACAACAGUAAUAAUACUAUCUCCAAAGUAAACAAUGGCAACGCUACAAUCGAUACAACGCUACAAUCGCAAACAAUCAAUACAUCAAGCAAUUUGGAUGCAAAUCAAAAAUAUGGAUUCAUUAUGGGUGAGAGAAAAGAUCCAUUGAGCGCAUUGGUGAAAAAUGGUGGCUCCAAACGUAAUGCCUUGUUGAAAUGGUGUCAAAAUAAGACUGUUGGCUAUAGAAAUAUUGAUAUAACGAAUUUCAGUUCAUCGUGGAAUGAUGGGUUAGCUUUUUGUGCCAUAUUACAUUCAUAUUUAAAAGACAAAAUACCAUACGACACUCUCGGUCCGCAUGAUAAGCGUCGCAACUUUACAAUUGCAUUUCAGGCUGCCGAAAGUGUUGGCGUUCACACUACACUCAACAUAAAUAAUAUGUGUCAACAAGAGCGACCCGAUUGGCAACAAAUAUUGGCAUAUGUGACGGCUAUUUACAAACAUUUCGAAACAUGAUUUUAGAAAAUUGACAUAAUAUUGAUAAUUUUACUAACGUAAUUAAUUAGUUUCAAAUUAAUUAAUUCGUCAGUUUCAUUUUUGAGUUUUUUUCCUUUUGGUUUUAAGUUCAGAUUAAAUUUAAGUCAAUCGCAUUUUUUUUAUAUUUAACAAACGACAAAAACAAAUGAAUGAGUUUCAAAUUUAAAACCGUUUUUGAGUACAUGUCUCUGACCAAGUGAAAAUAUUUUGUAAAUAAAGUAAUAAAAUUAAAAAUACAGCCUAAUAUGAAAUAGAAACACUAACAUUUUUGAACAAAGAAA